CGUGUGCUAAAACGGAAUCAUUAGGUGAACGCCCGCGGUAAAGAAAAAAGAAAAAAACGGCAAGCAUUUUCCCACCGGAAGGAGAAUACAGAAGGUGCGCGUUUGCGUAAUCGGAGGAAGUGAAGUAGUGAGUGCGAGUAACAAGUGGGCAAGGAAAGAAAGAUUCCGGUUGUUGAGAAAAAGCUUCUCGGCUGAAAUCGGUUCACGCACGCAACACCGAACGUAACUCUUCGGCACCCGUUGUCAACUUCUGUGCCUUCUUCUGCUGUUUGGCAAGCAUUUCAUCAAACCUUAUUUCUUAAGAUAUGGCCAAUCUGACCACAGUUCGUCUGCAGCGAGGCGAUGGACAGGCCUGGGGCUUCCGCCUGCAGGGUGGCAAGGACUUCUCCGCACCACUGGUUCUACAGCGAGUUAACGGUGGCAGCGUGGCCGACCAGGCCGGUCUGAUGGCCGGCGAUGCGCUGAUCAAGGUCAACGGAACGGAAGUCUUCAACAUGCGCCACAAGGACGCCCAGGACGUGAUCGUGGCCGCUGGAAACUCGUUCGAGCUGACGGUGUCGAGAGGAGGAUCCACCUGGAGACCGUCCGUGACGCCAACCGGUUCGCUGCCAUCGCCGACGCCCUCGCUGGCGGGUAACAUCACACCGGUCACCAGAACUUCGCUCGCCGCGACGCCCCAGGAGGUGAAGCCCAUCGGCAGCGGCCACAACAACGCCGCCAAGCCGUUCGCUGCGGUGAACGGAAACGAUGGACAGAUCAAGAGCAUCGUCAACAACCAGUACAACACCCCGGUGGGCAUGUACAGCGACGAGACCAUCGCCGAAACCCUCUCCUCCCAGGCCGAAGUCCUCGCCGGAGGUGUCCUCGGUGUGAACUUUAAGAAGAACGAGCGCGUGUACUCGCCGGCCAACUCCGAGGUGUACAAGCUGCUGCACGAGCAGGGUGACGAUCCGGAACCAGAUAGUGUUUACUCAAACAAUUACCAUUACUCGGUGAACAAACUCGAAUCAGCCUCGUCGCAUUUCUACGCCACGCAAAGUCACGCCAUCGGUGGCUACGCGACGGCCGGCCGACUUCCGGUCGGUUCUCUGACGGGUGCCCCGCAUCCCCGCGGCCCAUCCCCGGUGCCCCCGCGGAUGCAGGCACAGGUCCCCCGUCCGCCCAUGCCGAAGCCACCGAUGAUGCAGCCGCAGCCCGCGCCGGCCAAACCAACUCCACCGCCGCCGGCCUUCCAGCAACAGCCACCUCAGCAGCAGGCUUCUCAGCAGCAGCAGCAAGCUCCUCAGCAGCAGCAGCAGCCACCCCAGCAGCAGCAGCAGGGACCCGCCCCCUACACUCCGGCCCCACUGCCAACGACCGCCUUCCGUCCCGCACCGAACACCGCCCCGAGGGCCGGCAUUCCACCGAAGGUUCACAACGAGGGUCAAAAAACUGGCGUCCAGGCCAUCUCUGCCGCCCUCAACGCUCACGCCAAUCUGAACGGCCGCUCGCAGUCUCCGUACGGUAACAAUGGCUCGCUCGGUGCCAGCCAAUCGCCGUCACACUCGCGAUCUAGCAGCACCACGUCGUCCACGAGCGGCUACUGCAACUCGAGCUCCCUGUCGCCGGUGCAGUCGAACAAGGUGUCCCCGUUGCAUUCGCGCACCAGCAGCGAAAACGAGCUGAUCGAUCCACGCACCCACGGCAGUCCCGGUGCCCACCAUCAUCAUCACUAUCAUCACCAGCAACAGCAACAGCAGCAGCAGCCUCACAGCAGCGGCUCCCCGUUCGAGCAGUUUUCGAGCAGUUUUCCCUUGCCACCGUCUUCGCCACCGCCACCGCCGCCACCGCCACCGCUCCAUCCGUCGCACAGCAUGGAGGAAAACGCAACGGGAGUGCCAACCGGGGCCAACCCGACCGACGUCCAGGACACGUCCCUCGUGUUCGGUGCCAACGGGUUGGCCACGGUUGCGCCGGAAGCGAGCGGCGACGGUGAGCCCAGCGGUACGGUUACGCAAAACGAUUACGGGUUCUACUACCAGACGAUGGGUGGCCGCGUGAUCCGGAGCGUUUUUCCCCCGGGCAAGAGCUCCAACUACCAGGUUAACCAGAACAACAUAACGCCGAAGCCGUUCGGUGCUCCGCUUCCGGUGAGCCCGCUGGCGCAGGUUCAGGCACCGGCAUCCUUCCCGCCGGUGGCCGGCAGCGUCCCGACCCCAUUCUCGGCCGCCCUUGUCGGCCAGGCUCCGGCCCCCGCUCCGGCACCGGCUCCGGCUCCAGUGCAGGCUCCGGCUCCGGCUCCGGUGAAGGCGCCGACUUCGUUCGCCGCACCGGCCCCAACUGCGGCGCCCCUCGCUACGGCUUCCGUGCCAGCUCCACAAGAUGGUACCGAUGCAGAGGAAACGGGCGAACAAGAAGAGCCCGAAGAAGGGGAAGACGCGGACAAGGAAAAGGAUGGAGAAGAGUCGCCGGUGCCGGUGUUUGCCUGGCCACCGAAACCAGCCGUCGCCGAUACGAUACCGACGGCGACGCCGAUCUACAUCCCUCCGCCGGAAACGCAACGGGUCGUCAUCAAGCCCGUCACCGUCGUUCCGCCGAUGAAGGUGAAGGAAAAGUCUGAAACGCCGCCGGACGAACCGAGCACGGCGCAGAGCAAGUCCGCACCGGAGCUGAGCCGCACCGAGGAGCGGCAGCAGGUGCAGGAAGAGGACGGGGAGGAUCUGUCCGACUCGUUCGGUAUGACGGCGACAACGACGACGGCGAACUCCGCCUCGUCCGAGGAGUACCGGAUGUACCAGACGCAGACCUCGCAACCGAUCGUGACGUACUACGAUACGCCGCAGUACGAGCUGGAGCGGCCAUUCUCGUCCGGUCAGCGUAGCAGCGCACAGGCAAGUACGGGCGCCAUGUCCGACGCGUCUUACACGCACUUUGUCUUCCGCGAUCCUCCACCUGAGGAGGACGACGAGGUGGAUGGGCGGGAGGUGGGGCAGGAGGAUGACGCGGAGCCACUCCAGGCGACGGAGGGCAGUGCGCCCCCGGCGACGAAGCGCGUCGAGUUCGUCGAGUAUGGACGCGAGCUGGAGCGAUACCUGCGGGCGGAGCAGGAGGCUCGCGAGGCCGAGGAGCGUCGGGUGCAGGAGGAGCGAGAGCGGGAGCGGAAGGCCCAGGAGCCCCGCCCACCGCACUACGAGCUCCCGGCGAUCCCGCCGACCGAGCCACCCCAGCUGCCCCGUUCGAACAUUCCCAACCCGACACCGAAGCAGUGGCAGUCCGCGCUGGUGCAGGCGCUCUGCGUAGCUCCGACGGAUCCGAUCCACCUGCCGACGACGGCCGAGCAGAUCGAACAGGCCAACUUCAUGCGCUCGCGCAACGAAGCGUACCGGCGCGAGCAGGAGGAAACCAAGAUGCGUCAGCUCGAGGCGCUCCGGCGGCAGGUGGACGCGCUCGAGCGGCGACUCGGCAAGCAGCCGGAACCGGAACCAGCUCCACCUGUCGGGCCACCGCUCGACGUACCGCGCAGGGGAGCGGUGAUGGCGCGCGUCCUUUCCUCCACCGCCAGCUCGCAGCGCUUCCCGCCACACUACGUCCCGCCGGUGCCGCUGCCGGCCGAAACGCCGCCCUACUUCCCGCCGCCCCACACCAUGGAGCCGAUCCGCGCGGAGAAGAUCGCCUCCGGGCACGCCGAGUCACCGUUUGUCGAAGCGCUCAAGACCGCUCCCUACACUCCGUUUCAGACAUUUGGCCGUGAGAUCCCGUCGCAGCUGGAGGAGCUACCCAUUCCGAGUGGACGGGUCUCGAUGACUGACGCCCUAGCGACGGCUUCCGAGCGUCCCUACACUCCGUUCGCUGAGGUGCGCUUCGACGCCGGCUCCGAGGUGUACCAGGAGAUGAUCCGUGAGCAACCAUCGAUUCCGCUCGAUCCGGAUCGCCAGUGUUCGGCGUUUGCGAACGUCGGUGGAAACCGUACGCCGAAGCCGUUCAUGCCGAUAGUGCCCGAGAUCCGUGAGGUACCUCCGGAGACGGCCUCCCGACGCAGCUCGACCAUGCAGGAAAGUCGUCGCGGAUCGGCCGUCCAAGACAGCCGCCGUGAGUCGGCUGUUCAGGAAGCUCGACGUGAAUCGACUGUCCAGGAGAAUCGUCGGGAGUCUAUGGCACAGCAGACUCGUCGUGAGUCUAUGAUGCAAGAAAGCCGUCGUGAAUCCACAGCUCAAGAGAUCCGUCGGGAAUCGGCAGCUCAAGAGAUUCGUCGUGAAUCGGUAGCUCAAGAUACUCGUCGUGAGUCUGCAGCUCAACAAGAUAUCAAACCAGCGAAGGAGUCGCUCGCUCCCUACCCGCGCAAGGACAGCCAUCCACCGGAGCACUACUCGCUCGCUCCACGCCGUGAAACCAAGUCCCCCCUGAACCAUCCGGCCGAAAUUCCACCCUAUCAGCGCAAGUGGUUCAACCUGCCGACACAGAACCCACCGCGCACUCCCGAACCGGAGGAGCUGCGCACCAACGUCCCACUGGCCUUUGUAAAUACGCACUCUAACGCCGCUAACCUCUCGAAGCCGAUCGCGAAACCACCGGCGCCUGUAAAUAAGCCGCCGACGCCGUCGGGAGGCCGUACGCCGAUCGGCAAUCAGCCGUUCACGACCAUCCAGAACCGCGCCAUCCCGGUCGUGCAGCCGCCGGAGCUGGACGCCGAGCUGGCGCAGUACCAUAGUGCUCAUGCGCGUCUCCAACACAAAGGUGUCAUCGACCGCGGUCAGUCGUUCACGCCGUCGCUCAUCCUGACGAAGCAUGCGACUACCAUCCCGUACUAUCAGCAUCAGCUCGGCUUCGAGGAGUACUUUGCCGAGGUGAAGGAGUUCGAUGGUCAUACCACGCCCCAGCCGAGUCGCACCAAGUCGCCGGCGUUCGGUCCACCGCCGAAUCCACUGAAGCCGCACGUGCCGCCAUCGCGCGAAGGUAUUCCGGUUGAGUCUGGGCUCUAUCUGUCGAUGGGCAAGCUGCACGGUGUCCCCUGGUACGCCAACAAGGACCACGUGCCGGCUGACAUUCAGCAGAAGAUGCAGCACCAGCUCCAUCUCGAGGCGACGCAACUGUUUAGCGAACGUAGGAUGCAACAACAACAACAACAACAUCACGAAGUCUCACAAAAACAGGUAACGACACAGCAACAGCAACAGCAACAGCAACAGCAACAGCAACAGCAACAGCAGCAGCAACAGCGGCGGCUGUCGAGAGAACAGGCGUCGGCUGAACGGGCCAUUCAAAGUGCCCAACAGGUAGGCAAUGCGUUGAUUCAAAAGCGCACACGCUUCGUAGAGGAGCAUGAAUCUAGUAGCCGUAGCCAGUCGGACGCUCGGAGCAACACCGAAAGUUCAAGGUAUUCUUCGAAAAUUAAGGAAGACGAAGCGCCGCAGAAGGGAUUCGUCGCGCAGCAGACGCGCCGCUUCUCCGGCCAGGAUGAGGCCCUCAACAUCCCUCCGCAAACCGAGCAGGAACAGCAGCAACAGCAGCAGCAAGAGAAGGAGCAGGAGCAGUUGAUCUUGUUGCAGCAAGAGGAAGAACGUCAGCAGGCUGCUGAACCGGCACCGAAACCGGCUCCCAAGGCACCGAUCCGACAUGUGGCGCCACCGACACCGAAACCAGCUCCACCACCGACGCACUUCCCGGAGAUCAAUCCCUUUCCGGAGGAGUUCGUCGACCACUUCCCAACCAUGAGCGCUCGCAAGGUGAGCGUGCUGUUGCCCCAGAAGCCUCUGUCGCGCCCGGAAUGUGCCAGCCCGUCCUCGUUCAAGGCCCAGUUCAACGAGUUCAUGGUUGGAGCCGCCCCGCUUCCCCCGAUGCCGCCGGUGCGCGAGGAAGACGACGGCAAGCCGGAGGAUGUGCGCAGCGACACGCAGAAACUAAUCCAAUCCUGGCCACCGCAGCUACCAGCCGCGGCAGCGAAACCGGCCACCGUUGUCCCGGCGGCCGCCAAUGGUUCGGCAGCGCCGCCGGCGGCAGGCAGCAAGCCGUCGAGCCGCAGUAACAGCACGGCCUUUCUCGAUUUCUUGAACCGACCCACUUUCAAUCCGAAUACUGACCGUUCCGCUGAUCGUCCAGGUGCAGGUGCGAACGCGUACAACAAGGGCCGGGCGGCCUGCUCUACCUCUGCCCCGAACCGUGGACGUGGUGUGAUGAACAAGGCGGUCGGACCCGGUGGCCGUGUGCCACUCUGCGGAUGCUGCAACCAGCAGAUCAGAGGUCCAUUCAUCACCGCGCUCGGACGCAUCUGGUGUCCGGAUCACUUCAUCUGCCACAACGCUAACUGCAAGCGUCCGCUGGCCGACAUUGGUUUCGUCGAGGAAAAGGGAGACCUGUACUGCGAGUACUGCUUUGAGGAAUUCUUGGCACCACCGUGCUCGAAGUGCAAUGGCAGAGUUAAGGGCGAUUGCCUGAAUGCCAUCGGCAAGCAGUUCCAUCCGGAGUGCUUCAAGUGCACGUACUGUGGCAAGCAGUUCGGCAACAGCCCGUUCUUCCUGGAGGAGGGCGAUCCCUACUGCGAGAAGGACUGGAAUGAUCUGUUCACCACCAAGUGCUUCGCCUGCGGAUUCCCCGUCGAAGCCGGUGACAAGUGGGUGGAGGCCCUGAACAACAACUACCACAGCCAGUGCUUCAACUGCACCAGCUGCAAAAAGAACCUCGAAGGACAGAGCUUCUUCGCCAAGGGUGGCCGUCCGUUCUGCAAAAACCACGCUCGCUAAGCCCACGUCGAACAGGGGAGGCCCACCAGGUCCACACCGUUUAGGUAUCCGUACAUAUAGAACUCACCGUUAAAGCGUCAUUUAAAUCGAACGAAACCAAAAACCAAAAAAUCGUCAAUCAACAAAUCGAUCAAAAACAUCCUUUGACUUUGGGGAAACUAAUACUUAAGAUCCUCUACUAAACCGUUUGCAAAUCACCGAUUAUUUGAAUGUUUAAGUAGACCGCUUUCGUCGGUGGCACAUUUCAACGCUGGUGAAACAUUUCAUGGUAUCCGACCCUUCGCCGGAAAGUAUGCAAUUGUAUCGCACCGAAGCGGUUAUACGUUAGGGGACGGAUUUGAAAAUUUACUGUUUCAAAAACGAAACCUUUGAAGCGGCCAAGAAAAAGACGAAAUGGUUGCUUUUGUGUGAGGUAAGGAAUUAUUAAGAUUGGUGGGUCAUUGCGAGACACUGAGAAGGAGAGAGAGUGAGAGAUAGAAGAUGAUGAGAUUUUUUGUAAACAGAAUUUAAGGAUGGCAAGAGUGUGGCAGCGAGGUGGAAAAGUGUGCGUGUUUGUGUGUGUGAGCGAGGACACGUUGUUUUACAAAAAAAAAAGAAGAAGAUUUAGCAGUCAGAGCGUUACGAUAAAACAUCGCGUCAACUAAAUGUAGAACCUUAGAAUGUUUUUUCAGUAAACAUAUGAAUUUGAUGUUGAAAGGCUUCACAGGCCGCGCGCUGUGCAGGCGUACGUUCUCGCGUACGUUGCUAACUACAUGCACCGGCAAAUGACUGCUGCAAUCAUGCAGCCGACGUCCUUUUUUUUUAAUUAUUCAUCGCACAACCGCUUCCCACAAAACAACAGUUACAGUAGAAGGAAUGUACCGAAUUUCGUUAGACACUCGUCGGAGCAAGAACAAAAAACCGCGCAACAAGCUAACUCGUUAGGAUUUUAUUUUCUCUCGUGAGAUAACUAUAGAAGAAGAAUCGCAAGCAUCGCUACUUUAUUUUUCUCUUUGUGUGUGAUACGAAUAUAAUUUUAUUUAUUUAUGGCCUAUGUUGCUCACAAUAAAAACGUUGUAAAUUG